GUUACCAAUCAAAACAGGGACUGGAUAUAUAAAUGAAACAGGUACAAUUGGUAUAUAUUUGAGUGUUUUACAAUAAUUACUAAAACAGUGAAUUGAUAUGGCUUGGAAACAUUAUUUGGACUCUAAUUGGAUACACAUAUUAAACAAGUAACUGACUUUUCAUGACUAUAUCUACCCAAUCUGCUCGAUAUCAACUAACUUAAAUGAUUGAUUUGACAUAUCAAGAUACUUACUGGAUAUCUCGCUGGACAAGUCAUUGAUAAUUGGAUAUAACGACAUUGAUAACAUGUUGUUUUUUUCAACAUUAAGUGGAAAUCAUUUUCAGUAGUUAUAGGAUAGCUGUUUCAACAGCGGUUUGAUAUCUGAUUUCAACAAUGAUUGGAUAUCAUACCCAACAAUGGUUGUUAAUCCAUUUAAACAGCUUUUGUACAGUUAAUACUAGCGAUUUGAUAUACAUCAGAUCAAUGAUAUGAUAUAAAUAUAUCAACAAUGAUUGGAUAUUUAUUUAAUCAAUGUUUGAAUAUCCAGUUUUAACAUAUUGGAUAUCUACAACAACAGUGAUAAAAUUUGAAAUAAACCAGUGAUUGGCUAUCUACAUUAACAGUGAUUAAAUAUGAAUUAAACCAGUGAUUGGAUGGAUAUCUAUAUCAUCAGUGAUUGAAUAUGAAUUAACCAAUGAUUGGAUAUAUAUAUAGUUUUAAUAGUGGGUGGAUAUCUUACGAACAAAAUGGACACAGAUCAGAAUUUCCAUGAGUUGAUCGAGAGCUACCAACGACGCCUUGAGACACACUCCUCCCAGUGUCACAGACACUCAUGUAUACCCCAGACAAUACAUGGUUACCGUGGCAACCAGAGGGUGAGGAAUGGUUUCCAUAGCAACAGUUCUCCGGAGUCACCCCUGUACAGCAAUUUGCAGAACCUCAUGAAAACCCAAGGUCUUGACAGUGUGGCACACUACAACUCGGGAGUUAACAGUCUCAACUGGGAGACCAAAUCCUACAACUGCAACCUUGACCCCUUAUUGACCUAUGACCCUUGUGGAAUGGGCAGGCCAACUUUUGACCUUGAGUUGACCCCAGAUCUAGGUCAAGGUCUCCAGCAUAACAUGGCUGACUUCACAGAUGGACCUAGUCUUACAAGAGAUAGCUGGCUUCAUAGCAAUACAGUUGUACACAUUCCAAAUAACAACAUGGCUGCUAGACCUGAUGGCUAUCCAAUGGAAACUUCUCCUCUAGUUGAACGGCGUAAUAAGCCACGCCUAGCAAGACCUGUCACGUCCCCAGGCAAUCUGGAGCACCUGAUGUUAUCACGACCCUUAACAGAGAGGUUAAGCGGUGUUCAGCAUCCCCCAUCCCCUAUAUAUGACCAUAGAUUCGCCGAGCCUGAAUCGCCCAUUGUGGUUCAUAAAAAUGCGCACCCUGAUACACAAUCCUUGACAAACUCACCAGCAAUUGGUCGAAAAUCAGAAAAACCUUCACCCUUACUCAGAUAUCAUAGUAUGUCGCCAACAAUAUGUCGGAAAAGAUUCAUAGAAAAGAUGUCACCGUCAUCGUUACGGAAGUCUGUGAUACUCAAAAGUUCAAGACGUUCGGAACCUGUGUAUCUGGAUUUUUGUUCUGUGUGCGGGUUCCCGAUGAAAGAGGAGAAUCGUAUUUCCGUGGGGGGCAAAUCGGGAAAACGGCAGCAGUUCCAUGCAGAGUGCUUCAAAUGUUCAAUAUGUGACGCUGGGCUUACUCUAAAGAGCUACAAGAAACAGAAUAUGGAGGGACAGCUGUACUGUGAGAACCACCUGCCUACCACACCGAAAUCCAAAAUGGAGGAUAGAUCCAGAACCUCCAAAACUUCUGGUCCCGAUUUCAUUGAUCUGAUUAUUCGACUACAAGAUAACCGAAUAGAAGACCAACGUUGUGAUAUAUCCAACUUUAAGGGUCCCGACUUCUAUGAAAUGCUUCUGAAGUUUCAAGGUCGUCGUUACGAGGACCAGCGGUGUUCUUUGCCUCUUGCGCUGCAGGUGAACAAUAAUGACAAUGCGGCAGCCCUUAAAAAAGAUAUUAAUACAGUGACUGAGAUCCUCAAAAAGCCUGGUCCAUAUCCCAUGGUACAUCUUCCUUCCGGUUGUAUAUUUACCAUUCAUCCGCCUGAACCUGUUUCUGAAGCAGGGGAGAAUGGGGCUGAGUCACAGUUACACACUACUAAUUCUUUGGAGUCAAGGUUACAUCCCACUAUAGAAAAAGAUGAAUCUGCUCAUGUGUAUAGAAACCAUUUUCUUGGUUGGGAGCAUUUUAAUUGUUACACAUUAGACGAGGGCAUGGGACCAAUGGUGUUCUCCUUUAAAGAAGAACUCAUAGACAAACAAUUACAUAUACGAUGUAUAUUACGAACAAAAUCAGGCACUUGGCACAGUGUAUUCCCAUUAAAUUCCGUUGGGGAUGUUCCGUCACCCAUGAGACUGGCGAAGUUGAUGUGUGAAGAGUAUUCAGGGGAACGAUUUCAGCCUGUGUUGACGACGAAGGGAUCAGAGAUGAUCGUCCAGUAUGACGAACAUAGGCUUACAAACAACUUCAAAUUUGGUGUCAUAUACCAGAAAUUCAGACAGACAAAAGAGGAAGAGUUAUUUGGAAACAUCGGUCACAGUCCAGCAAUGGAAGAAUUCCUACAGUGUAUCGGGUAUCGGGUGUCAUUACGGAAUUUUGAGGGUUACAGGGGUGGUCUAGAUACGGUGCACGGGCAGACGGGGCUUGAGUCUCUGUACACUAAGUUUCACGGGCGAGAGAUUAUGUUCCACGUUUCAACAAUGCUUCCAUUCACUGAGGGUGACACUCAACAGUUGCAAAGAAAACGUCACAUAGGGAAUGACAUAGUUGCCAUCGUCUUUCAAGAGGAGAAUACUCCAUUCGUCCCAAGUAUAAUAGCGUCCCAUUUCCUUCACUGCUACAUUGUUGUCCAGCCAAUAAAUCCAAACACUGAUCACACACAGUAUAAGAUCACAGUCACUGCAAGGGAAGGUGUUCCCUGGUUCGGACCAGCACUGCCACCAGGUUCCAUCUUAAAUAAGGGUCCAGAAUUACGGGAGAUUAUUCUUACCAAGUUGUUGAAUGCUGAGCUGGCUUGUUACAAAGCUGAACAGUUUGCUAAGCUAGAGGAGCGAACUCGAACAGCUCUUCUGGAUUGUCUGUACCAGGAUUUACAGAGAAAAAGCUGUGAAAUGUUUGGUAUUAGUGUACCGUCCAGUUCCAAAGAAGGUGCUAGGUUUAUCGAUUCCUUCCGGCGCACAUUUGGUGGUCGAACAAAGUCUACUGACCCUUCAACACCGACCUCUACUAGCAGAAAAUCCAACGGUUCCCUACUUUCAACCGUCGGCGAGAAUGAAAAGGUCUCGCCAUUAACUCCAAAGAAAAGUCUCCACUUCUCGAAUUCCAGCAGUUUAGAAAGGAAAAAUAAGAGUGUGUACCGAUUGGACAGCCAGAGUACACAGUCCUCAUACAAGACAUGUGGCAGUGCCCCCUGUAGUCCCCAGUCUAGUCCAUCCAGCUCAUCGAGUCAUUCUAGAGUUGUGCACCACUCCCUGAUUUCCCGAUCCAACUCAGAGUCCAGUUUUAACUCCAUGGAAGACUUCACCCCCAGUGGUCACACCCACUGUCUGGAGGACUCAGAUACGGGCAUGGAGAGCAUGUCAUCUACUGGUACCCCAAAUGUGAAGGCAUCACUAUCCAAUAGCGUGACUGAGGACCAGUACAACUGUACAUGUAGUCAUGACAACACUCAUUCAGAUAACAGUUUACGACAGAUGGACAAAUUGAAAGCAGAGGUGCAGAGACUAAAAAUAGACAAAUCAGACCUCAUUAGGCAAAACAAUGUUGGCCAACGAGAAAUGAAGGAACUGAGAGAACGAUUAAGCAGUACACAGAGAGACCUCAAUAAUUUUAAGCUUCACAUGAUUGACAUGAGCCAAGAAGCACAAGUGUAGCAUUGGAUUCAAUUGGUGCUAGGAUGGACUUGUAUGGAUGUGAAAAAUGGGGCUGGAAAGAUACAAAUGUUGUGGAAGAAGUGCAAAAUCUGAAUAAACAUGAAUGUUAGAAAUGGGGUGUUAAGGAUCCAUUUGGCAUUCAUUUGAAGGGUACACCAAAUAUUUUAGACCAAGCCUCAUGUAAUUGCAUCAAUACGAGAAAUGGGGCAGAUGAAAUUGACAGGGUAUAUUUAUCACAUUAACAACAUUUAUCUUAAGAUGUAAGAAAUGUUUGUUUGCGAACACUGAAGGAAAACACAUUUUCAUAUACCCCGGUACCCAACAGAUUGUUGGGUCUGACUUUGUGAAAGUUUGCAUACAUUUAUCUGAAUUAAGGAACCAUACAUGUAGAUGGCAGUAUCAGGCAGAGUUAGUCAACACAAUUAUAAUGCUUUAAUUAUAAAAAUAAAAAGUAUUAUUAUGUAUAGGAUUAUGUAUAAAAAUGUUUUUACCAUUUUUGACUGAUACUGCUGCCUAUGCCUGGACAUGUGUGAGAGAUAAAAAUUACAAUAGUGUCAGUGGUAUUGAGAAAUCAGAGAGACAGAGCCCAGAAUUGCCUAAUUGUAUCUGCUGAAAUUGUAUCAGAGUUUAUUUUUUUGUAUUUACGUAACCUCCCCCUGUAUUGUAUUGAUAUCACGGGACCCUAUUAAUAGAUGAUUUAUGUAUUUUCCAGAAUGUGCAAUGCUUUUACUAAUAAUUCGCCAAAUUGUUUUAAGUGUUUGAGAUUAUACACAUCCAUAUAUGAGCUCUUGUCUGUAUGUCAAACUAAAACGGAUGUAAUAUUUACAUGUUACGGUCCUUAUGUUGGUUUAGGACAAAUGUAUUUUCAGUCAGGUUUAGCCUGUCUGCAGUUUUCAAAACUACUGUUUCAGAUUUUGCAGAAUAAGAGUCUAUAGAAACCCUUGAAUUAGCUAGAAGACUUACAAAAUGUAGAGUCUGAGAGCUGGGCAAAGCUUGCUAAAGGAUGUUCAGGCCUCUCUUUUUCUCCCAAAAUUGCCAAAUAGUUGUCAUAUGUCUUAAGAUUAAUACCCAGAUAAAAUGCCAGGAUAUUAAUAUUUACCAGCAUGAAAUAUAUGGAUUUUAAAACAUGCCAGAGGCAAUCUAGUGAUCAGAGGGGGCAUGCCAACAUGAUGUUUAGCAAAGCUAUGCCCUUUGCCCUCAAAAACAAUAUUACCUAUGAAACCUAAGGGGAAUUGUCAGAUAUCAACAGAAGAAUUUUAAUUCACAUACAUCUUAAAAUGUCAUUAGGCUUGUUAGUGGUUUUUGUGAAAAGACAAUUACUCAGGGCUUCCGUUAAAGGAAGUUUGGAAGUAUAUUACUCCCUAGAAAUGGGUUAAAACUUCCAAAAUUGAUUCCUUGGAAGUACAAAAACUUCCAUAAUUUUGAAGAAAACUUCCAAAGUUGAAAGCUUGGAAGUUCAAAAAAUCAAAACCUUUUGUCAAUAUUACUUUUAUAGUCAUAAUUUCAAUCAGUUUAAGUGUUUUUAAGUAAAAUGAAUUAUAAUAAUAUAAGUUAAAGUGAAAAUUAUUUGAUUUUUAAUAUAUUUGUUGAAAAAUAGUUGCAAAUGAUAUUGUAUUAUGGAGACUUUAAAACCAUAUUUCAGUUUAAAACUUCCAAAAGUGAUUGACAGGAAGUUCAUACUUCCAGUUUCAAAUUCUUAAUGGAAGCCCUGAUUACUAGCUAGCUAAGCAUCAUCUACAAUGUAAGAAAAGCAACAAGUUAGACAGUUAAUUUGAGUUAUUUAAAAUUCUUAGACCAGAGAAACCUCAUAAGUUGUCCUUUCAUGGGACUCAGUCACAAAUUUUAUGGUGGAAACAUUUUUUUUUUAACUUUGGAAAUUGGCAUCUUCUAAUUAUAGCCAAAUUGUUGUAUAUUCAAGUCAAAAAUAUUUCAAUUUUCAAUAGUGUUUUUUAACCCUCCAGCUGAAAGAGCAUUUUCUGUCACAUCUGUGUGGCUCUAAGGUGACCAUAUUAGAAUUGCACUAGAGGCUGGUAUUCAAUAUGAAACUUAGGUUAAUCUUAUGGUCAUACAUCAUAGACUUCAAUCACUUUAUUGGUCAGUUAUUGAUAACAAGUAAUCCGAUUAGCUACAUCGUUCUUAGAUCCAAUUAAGACUAAUAUUGAAUACCAGCCCUGUACAAAUUGAAAAUCUGAUGGCCUUUAAUCAUUGUAACAAGCAAAUUGGUCGUAUUUGAUACCAAAUUCCUUAUGAUAUUGAUCCCUAUACAUGUGGAUGAGUCCCUUUAAAGUGAUUAUUGUUAUUAUAAUAUUUGAAAGAACACAUUUACUAGAAUUGUAGAUGUUAGAAACCUUCACUUGUAGUGACAGCUUUAUUCAUCAGUUGUUAUUGAUUGAAUUUCAUAUUUUUGCAACUGUUGUGCAUUUGUUAUAAAAUGUUGUUUUUCAGUGAUGUUUUGUGAUAAAAAAUAAAGUUGAAGUAUUUUUAUGUAUAUUUUGUAAUCCUGAGAUUUUUGUAAAUAUUAACUUCUAGUCAUUGUAUUGUUGAAAGUUUGAAAUGUACUAAAACUAGUGCUUAUUUAUUUGUAUUGAAACUGAAAAUGAAUAAAUAUAUCCAGUUGAA